AGUAGAAUAGUUUAAAUACCAUGUGAAUGGAUUACCUUUCACUUAUUAUAGGUAAGUCAGAAAAUGAUAUCUAUAGUCCAUAUAAGGUAAUGACGGCACCCGUGCCUUUACGUUGUCAAGGGCGACGUAACGCUAAAUCCUAGGAGCGGUUGCGUUGUGGUUACCGCGUUAGUUACUGACUUCGAUCGGUGGCAGCUUGACGUGUUUUACGCACAGCGAAAAAAAUCUGACAAAAUCAGCAUGAAACGAGAGCGAUCGGACAGUAGAAAGCAUGAAAGCGAGUCUAAGAGGCGCUGUAUAGAGACCUCUACAAAUGAGUGUCAGUGGUAUGAGGUGUUGCUGGAGCUUCAUAUGAAGUCUAGCUACCGCCUGACUGGUGCCAUCAACAAAUCAGAAGAUCGACGGGAGUUGCCCACCAUCCCGCAACCCACCCACACGAUCGAAUGGCUGGCUCGUACAAACGUCAAGCACCGCCCUCUCCGCCGCCAUGACAUCCCUCAACCCAGGAAGCACAAAGUCCCUAAGAGACACGUGCAGACUGAUGACCUUAAUAAGUCCUUCUACAUCUACUGAAGGGGGGAAACUUUUGGUGGAUUGCUAGGACAUUUCACAAAGAACAAGAGAAAGCAUGCCAAAGCAUGACUCAUGUAAUUUCUGUGGAAAUAUACAACUAUGAUUAUCUUAGACUCCCUGAAUGGACUAUGCCGUGUGUAGCUUUGAGUUGGACUGCACGGAAUCAUUGAAGACAACGUUGAUAUCUUAAGAAUGAGAACUGUGUGUCUGUGUCACGGACAUUUGCACCAUGGUGUUUGACUUAAGGUCAAUAGGCGAGAUUGACAAUAAUCCGGGACAUUUAUGUGCCAGCUAAGACAGUUUCUUUGACACAUGGGCCAGUAACAUGUGCUUCAUUUCGAAUCAACUAAAGUUGACUUUUAACUAUUAGUUUUGUGCAGUAGCCUACAUGAAAAUGUGCAUGAGUCAUGGCGCAGAUAUUCCCUUUAUACAACAGUUUAUCGUUGUUUGGGACGUUUGUACUUCUAAGACUGAGAUUUACUGAAAUCACUAUGCAAAGACUUUUUAUGGCACACAGCGUACAACUAUGCUUAACACAUUUUGCAUAAGUCUACAAUAAGGCUUAUCUCUUUUUUCACAUACUGACUGAACUAAGCAUAGGCUUUUUACGUCAAAUCGUUUCUAAGCUUCACACUUUUUUUGCAUACUGUCUAGAACUAAGCUUUUCGCCAUUUUGCAUCUUUAGGCUUUUAACAUACUGUCUAGAACUAAGCUUAAAGCAAUUUGCGAACUAAACUUUUUGGAUAUUGAGCUUUCUACAUACUGUCUCCAGCUAAGCUUAAAGUCAUUGCAUACUUAUCUUUUUACAUACUAUAUACUACUAAGCUUAACACCAUUUGCAUACUAGUACACAUGUACAUAGCUUUUUCCAUAAAAAUUACAACUAAACUUAAAGCCAUUUGCAUAGUUUACCAAGUCUUUUGCAUACUGUCUACAACUUAGCUUAAUGCCUUUUGCAUACCAAGCCUUUUUGCAUACUGUCUAGAACUAAGCUUAAUUCCUUUUGCAUACCAAGCCUUUUGCAUACUGUCUACAACUUAGCUUAAUGCCUUUUGCAUACCAAGCCUUUUGCAUACUGUCCUGAGCUUAGCUCAAUGCCUUUUGUAUGCCAAGCCUUUUGCAUACCGUCUAGAACUUAGCUUAAUUCCUUUUGCAUACCAAGCCUUUUCCAUACUGUCUAAAACUUAGCUUAAUGCCUUUUGCAUACCAAGCCUUUUGCAUACUGUCUAGAACUAAGCUUAAUGCCUUUUGCAUACCAAGCCUUUUGCAUACUGUCUAGAACUUAGCUUAAUGCCUUUUGCAUACCAAGCCUUUUGCAUACUGUCUAGAACAUAGCUUAAUGCCUUUUGCAUACCAAGCCUUUUGCAUACUGUCUAGAACUCAGCUUAAUGCCUUUUGCAUACCAAGCCUUUUGUAUACUGUCUAGAACUUAGCUUAAUGCCUUUUGCAUAUCAAGCCUUUUGCAUACUGUCUGGAACUUAGCUUAAUUCCUUUUGCAUACCAAGCCUUUUGCACACUGUCUAGAACUUAGCUUAACGCCAUUUGCACACUGUCUACAACUAAAUGUGAUAAUGGAUAGAUCGAUCUCUAUCAGUAGAGAUGCAGUAUAGGCAUUGUGCGAGCAUUAGAUUACAAAUAGUGCAAGUAUUUAGUUACACACGGUGUAUAUUGUCUUAAUAUACAGAAGUUUGAAAUGAGUUAUCACCAUUUAGACACUACUUAAUUAGUGUUGAAGUAUUAGUUUAUUUCUGACAUUUCAACCGUUAUGUCUAUCAUUAACGUAUCUGUAAUUAAUCUAGGACGAUGACUUAAUCAGUCAUACAAAACAUUUGUAGUUCUCAGAAAAAAGAAGCUAGAUUAUUUGAGAGGUACACAUUUUGUCUCAAAACGCAAAGAGCACUACAUGCAUGCCAUAGUGGUUUUUUUUUUUUUUUUUUU